AUGCCAUGGCCACUGUGGCCUUGUGUGGGUCCAGUCAACCAUGCCUCCCAGUUUGUGCGCAGCUGCCGCUCCCGGCAGCUGGCAGGCGCGCGAAAGCCGUGGAGGAAGUGCGUCACAUCGGUACUUGGGCAGCCAUCACCCUGGCGGCGGCAGCGCGACUGUCGGCAGCGCAGCCGCGGCAGCGAGGACGUCGAGAGCCGCUCCACUUUGCAGAGGCCUAUGGUGCAGUGCACCUGCAUGAGCUUCAGGUGA